GUAAUGUGUCAUAUGAUAUUUCAUUAAAAAAUAAUUCUGCUGAAAAUUAUCAUUCGAAUGAGGCUUGCGAUGAAUAUUGGGAGCAUCAAGAGCAAGUAUUCAACGGACUUCAAGAAGAAAACACCAUUGAAGAUAUAAAUAGUAUAGAAAAACAUGUAAGAUGUACGAUUGGAAGGUGUAAAUUUAGAUUUGCCACAGAAAAGAACUUGCUGUAUCAUAGAAAAUUCCAUUUGGAGGACACAUUUAAAUGCAUAGAAUUCGAAUGCCAGUAUACCAAUUCAAAGUGGUUAUCCAUGAUGACACAUUUGUGGAAAAGUCAUGCUAUAGACAUAGGAAUGUACGGUUGCAACCAAUGCGGUUUCAAGACAAAUAGCCUGUACAAAUUAAACACUUUUCAUGCAAAAAUUCACGAACAAGAUAAACCGUAUUUGUGUCCGGAGUGUAAGAAAGGAUUCAAAACGAUCAAACAGCUCAGAAAUCACAAG